AUGCGCAAUCUAACCCCUGAUAAAGCAUUCAGAUUGAAAAAACAAAGUAUAUUUGAGCUGAACUUUAGUGAAGAGCCAAAAUCAAAAAAAAUUCAAAGCCGAUAAACAAAUCAACAACCCUUGGAAACUUUGUUCUAAAUAUACACAAAAAAUAGAGUUAUUAAAUUAAAAGAAACCCAUAAUAUGUAUUGCAAAAUAUAAUCUCUUAAAUCAAAGCUAAUUAAAAUAUUUAAAGAUAAUAGAUAGUAAUCACCUCAUGAUAUGUUCACAGAUUAAAAAGGAAAAUAAAUUUUAGAUGAAGUAAAGGAAUCUCAUAUUCUUAAUUUGCAAGGGUUAAAAAGAAUGGUAAAUUCAAAUGAAAAAAAUCCAUUAAUCUUAAAUCCUCGAUACUCAACUGAACUUAAAAAAUGUUAUUUUAGAUAUCCUACUGAUGCUUUUGAAAAAAUAGAUAGAACUACUACUAUUUCUCCAUAACCUUUUCUAAGAAAGUAUUCACCAUUACUCAAACCAAGAGUAAGAUUUUCUGAAUAAUCGAAUGAAUUAAAUGCUUGGAAAACUAAAGAAGAGUCUACGAUAAAUUUAUUUUGA